CACCACUUGCACCUCCACCGUCCCCUUUCUCGACUCGAAAGCACGAUCAAAGUUCCCUCUGUCUGUCACGAGCCUCGUCGCCGACUAUUCCAGUACCACACCCACUCCCACACCACCACCAACAACAACCCACACAGACAUCAUCAUGGGCCAGACGCUUUCUGAGCCCGUCGUCGAAAAGGCGUCGGCAACUGGCGGGGAUGAGCGGCUCAUCUACGGCGUGUCGGCCAUGCAGGGCUGGCGUAUCAGCAUGGAGGAUGCGCACACGACAGUCCUCGACCUACUAGCCAACAACCCCAAGGAGGCCAAGGACCACAGCCAAAAGCUCUCCUUCUUCGGCGUUUUUGACGGCCACGGCGGCGACAAGGUGGCAUUAUUCGCGGGCGCCAACAUCCACGACAUCAUUGCGAAGCAGGACACAUUUAAGACCGGCAACUACGAGCAGGCUCUCAAGGACGGCUUUUUGGCAACUGACCGGGCAAUUCUAAACGAUCCCAAAUACGAGGAGGAGGUUUCUGGGUGCACCGCAUGCGUCGGUCUUAUUACCGAUGAUAAAAUCUUUGUGGCCAACGCUGGCGAUUCGAGAUCCGUACUGGGCGUAAAGGGCCGCGCGAAACCUUUGUCUUUCGACCACAAGCCCCAGAAUGAAGGCGAGAAGGCUCGUAUCACUGCUGCUGGCGGUUUCGUCGACUUUGGUCGCGUGAACGGAAACUUGGCUCUCUCGAGAGCUAUUGGCGAUUUUGAGUUCAAGAAGAGCGCCGAGCUGGCACCCGAGCAGCAGAUCGUCACCGCAUACCCCGAUGUUAUGGUCCACGACUUGGCCGACGAUGACGAGUUCCUCGUACUUGCUUGCGACGGUAUCUGGGAUUGCCAGUCUUCCCAAGCGGUUGUCGAGUUCGUCAGGCGAGGCAUUGCCGCCAAGCAGGAUUUGGACAAGAUCUGUGAAAACAUGAUGGACAACUGCCUGGCCUCCAACUCGGAGACGGGCGGCGUUGGUUGCGACAACAUGACCAUGAUCAUUGUUGGUUUCCUCAGGGGACGGACUAAGGAGGAGUGGUAUGAGGAAAUUGCCAAGCGCGUCGCCAACGGUGACGGCCCUUGCGCUCCUCCCGAAUAUGCUGAGUUCCGCGGUCCUGGUGUGCAUCACAACUUUGAUGAUAGUGACAGCGGGUAUGAUCUCGAGGACAACGGAAACAAGGGCAAGCCCUUUGGCAUGGGCGGCUACAAGGGCCGCAUCAUCUUCCUCGGCGACGGAACCGAGGUGCUGACCGACGCCGACGACACUGAAAUGUUUGAUAACGUGGAGGAGGACAAGGAUCUCGCCAGCCAAGUCUCCAAAUCACCCUCAAGCAUAACAACGAAUGACCAGGACCAGAAGGAGCAGGCCGCCGUUGCUGCGGCGGCGGCGGAUAACAGCACACAAAACGCCAAGAAGGAGGAGACAAGCUCGCCGGCUAAGGCUUAGUUGGGAUCAACAGCGAGCAGCAGCGGCAGUGAAGGGGUGAUCAAUCAUCGGCAGGAGCCGUCUGGUCGGGGAUGUAUUCCCAGUUGAUUGAUGGCAUCUUUGGUGAAGUUUGAUAUAGCAGGCGCACUUCCACUGCGCUGCACGGGAGCGGAUCGGAAUCGGGACUUUGGGAUGAACAAACGUGUUAUGAUGAAGUUGGUGUUGUUGCUGUUGUUGAAGUUUUGUUGUCAAGAGAUUCUCAUGAAUGAAAGUUAGUAGUAUAUUGUUUAUGGAAGUAUGGGAUUUUUUUUUUCUUGCACGAAGGGCGGUGGUGAAUAGGGUCAGUCAAGAGGGGAGAGGGGGGGUAUAAGAGGGGAAAGAAAGAUGUAUUCGUUGGUUGGUUGGUUGGUUGGUUGGUUGUUGUUGCUUCACUAAGGGAACGAUGGAGAUACCAAAGUCAAGCAAGUCAAGUUAAGCAAAGAUGAAGAUGAUGGUUUUUUUUCUAUAUCGCGAUUACGUACCUAAACCCCCUGUAGGCUUUGUACCCUAUGUCUUGUCUGUAUCAUCUGUAUCGUCU